UUUACGGUAAAGCAAGACGUGUAUCUUUUUUGUUGUUGUAGUAGAACAGGAAGAACAUUUAUCUGAAUACGAACCCGCAACAUGUACAGCAGAUGCUAACCUAUUGGAAUAAACUAUUUCUAUAAAAUCGGUUACUAAUGUAUUCAAGGAAGAAUGUCGUCCGAUUUAAUGUUAGACUUCGAGACUCAAGAACAACAAAUGAUGAACAGUGAAACUGGCACCAUGUCCAUCGACCAGGAUGGCGAGUGGGACAUCAGCCUGUUUGAUGAGCUGGACAACCUUGGAGAUGCAGAUGAACUUUUUCAGGCCUUGGAGUGCGUGGGAUAUGCCGGCGAUGCCCCAGACCUCGACUUUGACAUCGACCUGCCUCCCUGGAGCACUGACACAGGCAGCACCUACACAGAUGGGGAUCUGAGUGUGGACUCUCUCUCUCCUGCCCAUACCAUGAGCUCUGUGACCUCGCCUGCAUCUCGAGAGGCCCUGUCACCUUACUCCAUACAAGAGGAUCUAGGCCAAUCUCCUCAGCCCUCUCCUGCCGUCUCUGUCUGCUCCGAGUCCAGUGGCUUCUCAGAGCCCUCCCUGGCCAAGAGGGCCCCCAAGAGGACCCCCAAGAGGACCAAUCAGGCCACGCGAGUGAAGAGGCCUAUCCAGCUCACCCCCAAGGUGUCCAUCCAGCCCAGACCAGUUGUAACGGCUGUACCCCAGCAUGCUGCGGGCCCUCUCCAGACCAUCAUCAUCCAGCCCCUGCAGACCACCCUGGUGCCUCACCCCGCUGUGGUCAAACCUGCCCCUGUCAGAAUACAGCCAGCGCCACCUAUAGGUGGUCCGUUGGUGCUGUGCCAGCCGGCCCAGGUGCUGCAGAUCCACACUCCACAGGCAGUCACCGGGCACCUGGUUACCAUGCCAACACUGACCCAAGAGACGCCCGCCCCCAUUGCAGUCACACUCCACAGCCCUGGCUCUGACGAAGAUUCGAAGGUGUCCCAGAGGCAGCAGAGGAUGAUAAAGAACAGGGAGUCAGCGUCUCAGUCCCGUAAGAAGAAGAAGGAGUACCUGCUGACGCUGGAGGUCCGUCUCCAGAUGGCGCUGUCUGAGAACCAGCUGCUCAAGAACGAGAACGGCACCUUGAAGAGACAGCUGGAGGGACUACUGUCAGAGAACACGGUUCUGAAGACCAGUGCUCCUAAGAGGAGGGCCAUUUGUCUCAUGGUUGUGCUGGUGUUCCUCAUGCUCAAUGUGGGACCAAUGAGUUUGUUUGAAGGUGGCCGUGGCUCUAAACUUCAGGCUGGCUCCAUGCACAGCGGCAGACAUCUGCUGGGCUUCUCCCAAGAGACAGACACCCCGGUGGGCCCCGAAUCCCUCCGGACCACCCCUCCGACCCACAGAGCUCGGUGUCAGCAGGGCUCAUCUCAGAGUUCUGUUAGGGUUACACCUGAUCCCCUAGGGUUACCGCCUGUCAACAGGACCAAAUGCCUCAGGUUGAACCAUGAGCUGCGAGGCUGGGUCCAUCGACAUGAGGUGGAGCGGACCAAGACCAGACGCAUGAGCAACAGCCAACACCGAGCAAACAGGACUAUCCCUAAAGAGGAUAAGAAGGCUGAGGUGUCCCAGGUCCUAACAGUCCAGUACACUGACUCCACAGAGAAGAGCCCAGGUAAUGAGCUGCAGGUGUAUUUCGCUCCUCACCGCACCUACAACGACUUCUUUGACGAGAUCCAUCGCCGUGGAGACACCUUCUACGUGGUGUCUUUCCGCAGGGAUCACCUUUUACUUCCCGCUACCAGCCACAACAAAGGAAGUAGGCCCAAGAUGUCCGUGGUGUUGCCAGCCAUGAACAUUAAUGAUCGUGUGAUCAAGGACAAGGAGUUUGAGGUGAUGAUGCAGAUUGACUGUGAGGUCACAGACACCAGGAUCCUCCACAUCAAGUCCUCCAGUAUCCCACCAUUCCUGCGUGUCAACCGCACUGACACCCUGUACCCGCCUUCACCUGCGGACAGCAAGGCCACGCCUCCUGUCCAGGUGCUCAUGGGUUCCGCGUAACCUCUAUCAACCAAUCGAUUUGACGCACAAACCCGUAACUCCAACCAACCAAUUGAAACAGUGAAAAGAUGUAACAACAACAGGUCUGUUCUCCUUCACCAGUUUAACAGAUGGAACAACAACAGGUCACAUGUUUCUAUUUACCUUGUGUUCUUUUUUAAUUUUCUACAGAUCUGAGAUCAUUUUUAAAUUAUUAUAUACUAAUGUAUUUGGCUGAACUCUGGUAUCAGGUUUUCUCCCUUAUCCUUGAUGUGGAUUAUGCAAUACCAAGCUAGCUCAAAUGGUCGGUGUGAGUUAGCCAUUCUGUUUUCAGCUCUGAUAUCCGUCAUGGUUGUUGAAGGUCAAAGACCAGAGCCAGGCUCUGUGUGUGUCUGGACUGACCAGGACCAGGCUCUGUGUGUGUCUGGACUGACCAGGACCAGGCUCUGUGUGUGUCUGGACUGACCAGAGCCAGGCUCUGUGUGUGUCUGGACUGACCAGGA